UUAAUCCAACAGAUCUCUGAAUGGAUGACUCAGGUUGCAAAGGCCUAUCCCGAUAUUGUGACCGUCAUGGAUUACGGAAAAACCUACGAGCUGCGGACAAUCAGCUUGCUCAAGAUCGGUGCAGACACUGGAGCGAAAAAGAAAGCCAUCUGGAUGGACUGCGGUAUUCAUGCCAGGGAGUGGAUCGCUCCGGCCUUCUGUCAAUACUUUGUCAGCCGGAUCUUGCGGACCUACAAGACAGACCCGAAAAUGGGAGAGAUGAUUCGGAACAUGGACUUUUACGUCACCCCGGUGCUCAACAUGGACGGCUACAUCUAUUCGUGGAAGGACAACUCGGUCAGUGAUACAUUGACUGAAUGA